CAACCAGCCUCGUUUGAGUUUCGUUUCGUUUCGUUUCCUUUCCGCGAGCUAGUGAGAGAGAGAGAGAGAGAGAGAGAGAGAGAGAGAGAGAAGGAUGGCGGGCAUGGGGGAUGGGUAUGUGGGCACGGCGCAGGACGCCGUGAGGAUCCGGAGGCUUGAGAAGCAGCGGGAGGCGGAGCGGAGAAAGAUCCAGGAGCUCAAGAACAAGACCGCCUCCGCCAAGGGCCAGCCCGGCCUCCUCCAGUUCGGUUCCAGCACUUCCGAGAUUCUUGAGACUGCUUUCAAGAAGGAAACGGUUGGUCUGGUUACCAGAGAGCAAUAUGUUGAGAAGAGAGUUAAUAUCAGAAAUAAAAUUGAGGAGGAAGAGAAGGAGAAGCUUCAGAAGUUGCAACAAGAGGAGGAGGAACUACAGUUACAAAAACGAAAAAAGCGUAGGAUAAAGGGAGACUCACGUCUUUCCUUUGCAGAUGAUAUUGAGAACGGGAGUGAUGAUGAGGACCUUGGAAAUAAAGAAACUCAAGAACAAAAGAAAUUUGUAAAUGGGAAGCUUGGCAAGGACCCAACCGUCGAGACAAGCUUUUUACCUGACAGAGAGCGAGAGGCAGAGGAACAAGCUGAACGAGAGAGAUUGGGAAGACAGUGGAUUCGUGAACAAGAGAUGAUUAGAAAUGAGCCACUUGAAAUUACUUACAGCUACUGGGAUGGAACUGGUCACAGGAGAGUGAUUCAGGUCCGUAAAGGUGACAGAAUUGGUGAAUUUCUCCGAGCUGUUCAGCAGCAACUGGCACCAGAAUUUCGUGAGAUUCGAACAACAUCAGUUGAAAAUUUACUUUAUGUAAAAGAGGAUCUGAUCAUUCCUCAUCAACAUAGCUUCUAUGAGUUAAUAAUCAACAAAGCAAGGGGCAAAAGUGGACCGCUUUUUCACUUUGACGUUCAUGAAGAUGUCAGAACUAUUGCUGAUGCAACUAUUGAGAAAGACGAGUCCCAUGCUGGAAAGGUUGUAGAGAGACAUUGGUAUGAAAAGAACAAACAUAUAUUCCCUGCUUCCAGAUGGGAGGAGCAAAUAACACUGGUCGUUUUACAAUUUCACUUCUCUUGCCUCCAGAUAUAUGAUCCAACAAAGAAAUGGGAGCGUUACACAAUUCAUGGGGAUUGAGCUUUGACUCAUCAAGUUUCUUGAUGGAUGAGAAGAUUUAAAGCACAAGAAGCAUCCCUGGAACUUAAUGGGUGACAAGAACUUGAUCCAAUUUUCUAUGGCGGCUAUUCAUGAGUCAAUGUCUGUUUGCUGAUGGCUGCUUUUUAAAAAUGAUUUCAGUAGCUCCUGCGGAGGAAGAAGAUAAAUUUAACACACGGUAUAUAUCACGGACACUACGUUUAUUAGAACAUAGUCACUGACCGUUGUGUAUUUUUUUUACCACUUGCAUGUCUGGUUGUGGGAUUUGGUUUGAGUCAUCAUCAGGUAAUUUCAGCUUCCAGAGCAAUCUUUGUAUUAAUUGAAGAGUGAUGUGAUGGGUGAUAUUGAUCGGGAUAUUAUUGAUGGGAAUGUGCAAUCCAAUCACUACAGUAAUUGAAAUA